CUUUGGACAAGACGCAGAGCUGCUGCCCUGGGCUCUGCUCUGUUUGUGACCAAUGAAGACUUUAAAAUUUCUUGCUGCUGAGAGUUUUGUACGGGACACCGAGAAGGCGCAGCAGAGCCUUUGCUGGCUGUCUCACAACCUGUUCCCGCUUCUCUUUAAAGCGUCUUACCUACACGAGCAGUCGCAGAUUCUUCAUGAUGUCGUCCAGCACUGGCCUCUGGCAGAGCUCAGCCUCAAAGAUCUGUUAGGCCGUACAGCAGACUGCGAUGACGAUUUGACCGAUAGGACCUGCUCAGCCGCUUUGGGGGCACUUCUGGAUGGUCUCAAGGAUCAUGUCCUUUGCCAGCCUGUAACCUAUGCCAAGCACCUAAGGCUGGUGGAUCUCACAGGCAUCAGAGAUGUUCAGUUCCAGCUGUGCCGCUGCGGGAGAUCCCUGGGGAAAUGGGCACGAACUGAGAAGGUCACCCGCAUCUGUUAUGAACUGCUUUUGGCGAUGGAAUCACAAGACGUCUCUCCGUCCGUGUUUGGAGUAUCCAUUGACAUCCGGAUGGACGUGUUUGUGACCAGUCGCAACUAUGAGGCGGCAGUCCAGGCCUUGCUACUGAGAUGCCACUGUCCACUGAAGAUCCGAUGUGUAGAAUUCAGGGCUGACAGCCUGCCUCUCAAAAACCUCUUUUAUAUCAUUAAACUUGCUGUGCCGGCAUCCCUGCAAAAGCUGUCAAUUGUUCACAACAUUCGAAUGGAAAUGCCCUAUCUGGAGGUGUUGCUAAGCCGCGUUUCAUUCCCUAAUUUGAGGGCCCUGACCCUUCCUGCCAGAACAUUUGAUGUGCGGAGAUAUGGUCCAGAAGACAUUGAGAUGUUAGCAAAAAUUGGAGAAAUGCUGAGCCAGCUAACCUGUCUGAGGGAACUGAGCAUCCCUUUCUCUCCACUCUCGGGGCAAAUAAGGAAGCUGCUAAGCCCACUCGACACGCCACUGCAAGUACUUGAGGUUGCCAAUUGUUCCCUGAGUCACACUGACAUGGUCUACCUGGCAAACAGCGUUCACGCAGAGCAUCUGGAGAGGCUGGACCUCAGCGGCCAUGAUGUAGCUGACCUCUACCCCGCAAUGUUCUUCAAACUCCUGAGUCGUGCUUCACUCACUUUAAAAAGUCUUACUCUGGAGGAGUGCAAUAUUGGGGAGGAACAUAUCAAUCUGAUGAUUGUGGCUCUGGUGCCGUGCCGGAAGCUUACUGAAUUUAGGUUUUUAGGUAAUCCUUUCUCUUUUCGAGCCCUGAAAUGCCUCUUUAAUGCAUUUGUGGACUUUCCGCACCUGAAGUAUGUGGAGUUUCCAGUUCCCAGAGACUGCUACUCAGAUAAUGUUACUUACCCGCUGGAUGAUGCUACUUUAGGCAGUUAUGACAAAGACCAAUAUGAAAGAAUGAGAGAGGAGCUGAUGAAGAUUUUAUACGAAGCCAACCGGGAAGACAUAUUGGCCUCCACUCCACUCUUUGGAAGCUAUGACCCCGACAUUCAGGAGACGAGUAAUGAACUUGGGGUUUUUAUGCUCCAGUCAUUUAAAGACGCACUGUCAAAUUUUAUGGAGAGCCUCAAAACCUAAAUAUAAUUUAGUCCAGGUGGGUGAGUUUGGUGUAAAAGUACAUUGUGGGCACCACAGAUCUGUCUGUAUCUUAAUAUUCCGUUGCACAAAUGAAGUAAAUGGCCGUGUACUUAAUACAGUAAGUAAAGCAAGAGCUGCAUACUUCUCACGUAUGUAAAAAUCCUAAAAUAACCACAGAAUGAAAAUAAAGCAGUCAUUAUGCUAAUGUAACAGCACCUCUGUUAUAAUUAAUAAUCCCAAUGAACUUUUUAUAAAUUUUUCUGCAUCGAUUUUGCUCUUUCUUUUUCAAUGCAUUUAUAGGUUUUUGGUGUUCUAGAAUUCAAUUCUGACAUCGAUUUCUUGUGCUUUUCCAUUAUUAGCAGAUUUUGUUGUGCGUUAUUCUGACUCCAUCUUGGUUUUCUUGCGAGUCCCAUUGUUAGGACACAUUCCCGUGUGUCAGGGCCAUCUGAAUUCAUUGACGUGAUUGUGUUAUACCCAAUGAAUUAUGAUUUGUUCACUUUGAGAUCUUUUGUUCUUGAAAUAUUAUUUUUGGAACGUUAAUGUAUGUGGGAAUAUGGGUUGCUUUUUCUCUAGAACUUGCGCCUUCACACUUUAAAUUUGGAGGAGUCCAAUAUUGAGGAGAAACAUAUCAAUCUGAUGAUUGUAGCUCCGGUGCCGUGCCGGAAGCUUAUCGAAUUUAGGUUUUUAGGUAAUCCUUUCUCUUUUCAAGCCCUGAAGUUCCUCUUUAACGUAUUUGUGGACUUUCCACACCUGAAAUAUGUGGAGUUUCCAGUUCCCUGAGACUGCUACUCAGAUAAUGUUACUUACCCGCUGGAUGAUGGUAGUUUAGGCAGUUAUGACAAAAACCAAUAUGAAAGAAUGAGAGAGGAGCUGAUGAAGAUUUUAUACGAAGCCAACCGGGAAGACAUAUUGGCCUCCACUCCACUCUUUGGAAGCUACGACCCCAACAUUCAGGAGACGAGUAAUAAACUUGGGGUAUUUAUGCUCCAGUCAUUUAAAGACGCACUGUCAACUUUUAUGGAGAGCCUCAAAACCUAAAUAUAAUUUAGUCCAGGUGGGUGAGUUUGGUAUAAAAGUACAUUGUGGGCUCCGCAGAUCUGUCUGUAUCUUAAUAUUCCGUUGCACAAGUGAAGUAAAUGGUCGUGUACUUAAUACAGUAAGUAAAGCAAGAUCUGCAUACUUUUCACGUAUGUAAAAAUCCUAAAAUAUCCACAGAAUGAAAAUAAAGCAGUCAUUAUGCUAAUGUAACAGCACCUCUAUUAUGAGUGAUAAUCGCAAUUAACAUUUUAUAUGUUUUUUUGCAUCGAUUUUGCUCUUUCUUUUUCAAUGCAUUUAUAGAUUAUUGGUGUUGCAGAAUUCAAUUCUGAUGUUGAUUUCUUGCCGGAUGGUGUUUUUGCAUUAUUAACAGAUUUUGUUGUGUGUUAUUAUGACUCCAUCUUGGAUUUCUUGCAAGUCCCAUUGUUAGGACACAUUGCUGUUUGUCAGGGCCAUCUGAAUUCAUUGCCGUGAGUGUGUUAUGCCCAAUGUGUUAUGAUUUGUUCACUUUGACAUCUUUUACUCUUGAAAUCAUUUUUUUUGGAACAGUAAUGUAUGUGAGAAUAUGGGUUGUUUUUUUCUCUGGAACUUUUCUGUAUGGAUUUCUUGGAUUAUAAUACUUCCAAAAUAUACUGCUCAAAAGAAUUAAAGGAACACUUUUUAAUCAGA